AUGGCCGAGACACUCGGCGAAGGCUCUGCCGACGGGCGCUUCCCCGGACAGCGCCUAUCCGGGCCGAAAGAAGUGCUGGAGGGGCAAGUCCUUCAUAAGAGGUCUUGUGGCAACAAGCUGCUCUUUCUGGAGAUUGACCCGGGUGACUCCGAGGUCUCCUCCGCCGCCUCGAAGGGCUUGGAAGCCAUCUUCUCCUUCGAGGUCUACGGCGCGGAGGUCCGCGAAGUGCGUAAGCAAGUCGCGGUGGGAGACGUCGUCGCCUGCGUGGGCACCUAUCGGGUCUGCGGGAGGAUUCUCGAUGUCUUCUCAUACUCCAUCUCGAGCCGGUGGGCCGACGUCGGCGGCGGGGCAACAUUUUCAGCGCACGACACGCGCAAAGCCCAGGGCCAGGGCCAAAGCCCAGCGGAGACGAAGCCCGAGGCUCCCGAGGUACCACCCCCGCCCGAGCCGACCACGCGGCGGAGGGUCUUGUGCAAGUUUUGGAUGAGCAACGGCACCUGUAGGAGGACCGAGUGCAACUGCUUCCAUCCAGAGGGUGACGAUCUGAAAGAAGCCCGGGCUCGCUGGCGCAAGGAGCAGCUCGAUCGUCUAGCCGCCAAUGCGCAGCCAGGUGAUCCCCAUUCUGAGAAAGAGAAGAAAGGGCACGCCGCACGUGCAGCGGUGUUCGCCGAGUGGCUGUGCGACGUCUUCAGCGACAAGUUGCUCCGUGGGGGCGUUGUGGACAUUGCCGGCGGUCGUGGGGAGCUCGCCUUUGAACUCAGCGUGAAGAGGAACAUACCGUGCCUCGUCUUGGAUCCCCGCUGCCCCGGUGGAGAGCAUCCUGCGCCAUGGAACGACUGGCAUGUCUCAAGACAACAGCGCACCUGGCUCAAAAGUCAACAUGGGCUUCGCAGCUAUGCCGAAUGCCAAGAGUAUGUGCUGUCCCGUCCAGUGAGGCAAUGUCAAGUGCCUGUGGAUAAGGCAAUUCAAGUAGCACGAGCCUGGGGAAGGAGCCGUGAAGAGAUCACACCUGGGUGGGAAGACCUGCGAAGCUGCCAGGUCAUUGUCGGAUUGCAUCCAGAUCAAGCGACCGGAGGCGUUAUUGAGCUUGCAAGGGAGCUUGGGCGACCUUUUGCCGUGGUACCAUGUUGCACAUUUGCCGAUGAAUUUCCCGAUCGUCGCUUGGAGCGAGGACCCGUUCGCACUUACGCUGACCUUGUCGAUUGGCUACAAGUUGCCGGUGGUCCUGCGACAGAGAAGGACUUCCUGCGUUCUCUUCUGGGCUUCGCCGCGCUCUCUGCUGAUGGGUCGGUGAUCGCUUGGGGCGACUACCAUUCUGGUGGCCAACUCCCCCCCGAGGAGUGCCCUGAGGUCGGACAGGAGUUGAAGAAGCUGGACGUCAUCCAGAUCAAGGCGUCCAGAGAGGGCUCCGCCUUCGCCGCCAUCUCCAGCACUGGAACAGUGGUGUCCUGGGGACUUUCCGGUGGCUCCCUGGGCGGAUACGUCAAGAACUUUGCUGGUGUCCAGUGCGUCCAAGCCAAUACCUCUGCAUUCGCGGCAAUCCUUACCGAUGGAUCGGUAGACUCCUGGGGCAUGGGUCGAGACACAGGUGCCGACAGCUCGGCUGUUCAGGAGCAGCUGAGGAAUGUACGACAGAUCCAGGCCACCUGCCUCGCCUUUGCUGCGAUUACGGCUGAGGGUUCUGUGGUGACUUGGGGCGACGACGCCUGCGGAGGCGACAGUAGCUCUGUGCAGUCAGAGCUGAGCGACGUGCAGUGCAUCCAGGCCAACGAGACGGCCUUCGCUGCGCUGCGCGGCGACGGCGCGGUGGUGACUUGGGGCGGCGUGGGCUGCGGAGGAGACAGCGGCCCUGUGAAGGCGCAGCUCCAUGGGGUGCUGGCGAUCCAGGCCAGCGUCGCCGCCUUUGCGGCGCUGCGGGCGGAUGGGUCGGAGGCAAGGCUAGCUGGGAAGAAGACGCUGCGUGUUCUCCAAGCCUCUGGGAAAGAGCUGGCCGCCUUCGCCUUAGACGAAGUGAGCGAUGUGGCAUCGUUGAAGGCGUGCUUGGAGUGGCAUUGCCAUGCGCCAGGAUGUCUGCAAAGGCUCCUGCACGGCGGCGACAUUUUAGACGACAGCUUCUCCUUCGAUUCACCGAUGGAUGUUCAACUCGUGUUGCUUCCAGUCUCCGAGGAGCUGGAAGAGGAGGUAGCCUGGGCUCUUCGAGACGCAUCGGAGGCAGGGGACGCCGAGAUGGUUAAGCUGCUACUGGAUGUACGGGCCGACCCGGAGAGUAAUUUCUUCAUCAUGGACACCUACAAAGACUCACCACUAAUACGUGCCUCUGAACAAGGUCAUCUGGAAGUCGUCCGCAUGCUUCUGGAUGCCGGGGCGAGCCCGGUGAAUUGGUCAGGGAUUGAGGAGGCCUCUCGCAAUGGCCAUGCGGCCGUGGUACGCCUUGUGUUGCAAGCCGCACUGCCACUCCAGGAUUUCCGGCUUGGUACUACUGUGGCAGAAGCUCUUGUUGAAGCCGCCAGAGAAGGCCACGCUCAGGUGGUGCGUGAGCUGUUGGAGGCUUCUCCCGAUGGCCGCGAGUGCCAUCGGGCGCUGGUGUGUGCAGCUGAGGAAGGUCACAAGGAGGUGGUUCGUUGUCUCCUGGAAGCUCGCACAAACCCUGUGGGUCAAAGCGACUGGUACAUCAGAAGCUCGCCACUCGAGGCAGCAUCGAGCAGCGGCUGUCCCGAAGUCCUGCGCCUCUUGCUCGACGCCCGGGCUGACGCAGGGCAAUCGUUAGUAGUCACCUGGGGCUCAAACUUCUCUGGGGGCGACAGCAGCGGCGUUCGGAGCCAGCUGCAGCAGGUGACGGCGAUCCAGGCAUCGCGGCACGCCUUUGCCGCACUACGAGCCGAUGGGCGCGUGGUGGCAUGGGGUGAGCCGGCCGCUGGCGGCGACUGCAGCGGCGUACAGGAGCAGCUCGAGAAUGUGCAGAAGAUCCAGGCUGCCCACAACGCCUUCGCUGCCCUUCGCGGUGACGGCUCCGUGGUCACCUGGGGAGAUCCCGCCCAGGGCGGAGACAGCAGCGCUGUAGAGGCGGAGCUGAGAGAUGUCCGCGAGAUCCAUGGCGCCGAGCAGGCCUUCGCUGCCCUCCGCGCCGAUGGCUCCGUGGUUUCCUGGGGCUCAUCAGACUACGGCGGGGACAGCAGCCUUGUUCGGGAGAGCUUGAAGAACAUCCUUCAGAUCCAAAGUUGCUGCGCCGGCUUCGCUGCUCUGCGAGCCGACGGGGCGAUUGUGAACUGGGGCCGAACUCCCGACUGGGUGCCAUACCGGCCCUGGGACCCCUAG